UUAAUCCAAGCAGUGUCAUUCUCUCUCUAACAUGGCCUUGGUUGCCUCAUGUUUCUCUUUCCUCUUCCUUCUAUGCUUGGCUCUGACCACACAUUCUCUCUCUACAAUGAAUUCAUGUGAGCAAGAUCUCUUAGAAUUUUCCCUAAAUUUGGAGUUCUUGGAAGCUGAGUUCUUUCUCUAUGGUGCACUGGGAUAUGGCAUAGAUGCAAUUUCUCCAGCUUUAGCUAAUGGUGGGGUGGCCCCCACAGGUGUGAAGAAAGCCAACCUCAGUCCCAUAACUAGAGACAUCAUGAUCCAGUUUGGAUACCAAGAGCUUGGCCACUUGAGGGCCAUACAAAACAUAACAGGUGGUGGUAUUCCAAGGCCUCCAAUGGAUCUGAGCAGCAGCCACUUUGCGACACUCAUGGAAAGGGCCAUGGGAGUACCACUCAUUCCCCCCUUUGAUCCCUACAUUGAUGAACUCAACUUCCUCCUCUCUGCCUAUAUGCUCCCCAUUGUUGGCCUCACUGGCUAUGUUGCUGAUUUCAACUACAUUAACACCUCCAAAACCACCACAGUUGCCAGACUACUUGCGGGACUUUUGGGGAUAGAAUCAGGCCAAGAUUCAAUUAUCCGGGCUCUACUAUACCCGAAGUCCUUGUUGAGAGUUUGGCCCUAUCAAUACACAGUCGCCGAUUUCACGAACAGGAUCUCUAACCUUGCGAACAGCUUGGGUCACAAUGGCAUCAAAGAAGCUGGCCUGUUUGUAUUCCCUCCGAACCGAAAUGGAGGAUUAACACCGGGAAAUAUUCUUAAUGGUGAUUCUAACUUCUUAUCAUUCGAUCGAUCACCUCAAGAGAUUCUACGGAUCCUUUAUGGAACAGGAAAUGAGAGCAGGCCCGGCGGCUUCUUCCCUUCGGGGGCCGGAGGGAACAUUGCUCGUUACUUACGUAACAUUGGGUUGAUUAAUAGGCCAUGUACGAUCCAAGACACUUCAGGAUCAUGAGUUCUUAAAAAGUGCAGGUGCCAGUUGAUAUGCAGGAAGUUUGGCCUAUGAGUUCUCAAAUAAUCCAAUGGUCAUGGUGUUUUUCACCUUCUUUUCAUUUUUUUUUUUUUGAAGGGCCGGGGGUCUAAUAAGUGGGAGGAAGGCUGAGGGAAAGGUGGGCCCUCAUUUUUCUAGCUGAUAGAA